UACCGCGAGAGUUGGUGGCCGGCCUCUCGCGCGAGGGAGCUAGGAGUCGGUGAAUCUGGUAGCGCCGCUCCCGCCCCCAGGGCGGCACCCGCCCAGCUGCCUGCGCCGCGGGACUUGGGGGGCAGCUGCUGAGCCUGUCCGGGCUGCGCCUCCAGCUACAGCCGGACCCGCUGCGCGCCAGGCCCUCAGCAUGGGGAAGAUCGGGCUGCAGCUGAAGGCUACUCUGGAAAACAUUACAAACCUCAGACCGGUGGGGGAAGAUUUUCGCUGGUACCUGAAGAUGAAAUGUGGGAACUGCGGUGAGAUUUCUGAAAAAUGGCAAUACCUGCAAUUAAUGGACAGCGCUCCUCUUAAGGGAGGCAGAGGGAGUGCCACUAUGGUGCAGAAAUGCAAGCUGUGCUCCAGAGAGAAUUCCAUUGAUAUCUUAAGAGAUACAAUCAAGCCUUAUAAUGCUGAAGACAGUGAGAAGUUUAAGACAGUAGUGGAGUUUGAGUGCCGAGGUCUUGAGCCAGUUGACUUUCAACCACAGACGUGUAUCCACAACAAAAUGAGACUGAAAGGCAGAGCAAGACUUGCUGAAGGCAUCAGUAGUCUCUUUUGCAAAACACAGCUGAAAAUACUGAGUUAAAGGGUCUCUCUGAGCUGUAAACCGAGACAGGUAAGAGAGUUUCAGAAGGGAUAGCUAUGGAUUUUGCUUGGCGGUAGUGAGACUUGGUGACUGGUGUGUUUGGUCCAUCUGUGGGUUUGUCUGGCUGUUUGUUCUCUGUGUACAGGCUGUGUAGCUGGGCCCUGGGCCCCUUAGUAAGUAGCUGGAACAGGUCUGUUUGGUGUCUUGGUGAGGUGGAGUGGUUCUGACCCUUGGAACGUUGAUCAGCCCAGUUGCUUGAAGUCUGAAUUGGUUAAUUGCUCCCUGAUGGGGAGGGGCCGAGCUGAGCUAAGCAGAGAGAUUUCGAGUCACUUGCUAGCAAUGUUGAGAGCGACAGACUAAGGCAACUAACAGAAAAGUUUCAGAGGGAGCUGUGUGGGGGGGGGAGGGAGGAGAGCUUUCCUUCCAGGAUCAGCUCUAUGUGCAAUUUCAAGACAGCCAGUGAUGUAACAGUGGUGGUGACCUGCAACAGAUAUACCAUGUUUUCUUUCCUGCCUGAAGCCAGAAGGGACUUACUGUGCACGAAGUGCAAGUUGAUGGCUAUACUGGAAGAAAAGAUUCUUGAACUGGAAGGGCAAGUGGAGCUGCUACUGAGAAUCAAAGAAGCUGAUGAAUUCCUAGACAGAGAGAUUUGGGAAAUAUGAGUACCCCAGGUUCAAGGGAGAAAGAAGCUGACCACCAAGAAAUUGGAGAAAGAAGUUUGAAAAGAGGCUUGGCAGCUCAUCAGAGGCAAGGUGGCCAUUCUACAUGGCUGGAGACAGAUGAGGAUGGGCAGGCUGUGGCACCACAGAGCAGUGGACUGGAAGGAGUUCCACACAACGACUGCUUAAAAACUGACCUGGUUUAGAAGGGAAGUAAAGGCAACCACAGGAAAAAAUAUUUAACAAAUGGAAGAAAGGGGAAGUUGAUAGUAACUAAUAUAAAUCAAACUAGGAAUUGUUGACAAUUGAUAAGGGAUGCAGAGUGACACAAGGAGAAAAUUGUAGCUAGGAGACUGAAGGACAAUAAGGAGUUUAGGUAUAUUAGGGACAAAAAGAAUACUAACCAUGACAUUGGUCCCUUACUAGAUGGAAAUGGUAGAAUUAUCAGUAAUAAUGCAAAAAAUACACAAGUGUUCAAUAAAUAUUUCUAUUCUGUAUGGGGGGAAACAGAUAUAAUAUAUGAUGAUGAUAACUCUUUCCAUUCCACUAGUAUCUCAGGAAGAUGUGAAAUAACAGCUACUAAAGUUAGACUUUUUAAAACAGCAGGUCCAGAUAAUGUGACUCCAAGAGUUUUAAAAGAGCUGGCUGACGUGCUUGUGGGAUGGUUAAUGUUGAUUUUUUCAAUAAGUCUUGGAAAACUGGGCAAGAUGCAGAAGACUGGAAGAAAGCUUAAUGUUGUACCGAUAUUUUAAAAGGUUAAAUAGAAUGAUCUGAAUAAUUGUAGGCCUGUCAAUCUGAUAUGGUUCCCGGAUAAGCUAAUGGAGCAGCUGAUACAGGACUCUAUUAAUAAAGAAUUAAAGGAGGGUAAUAUAACAAAUGGCGAUUUGAGUUUAUGGAAAAUAGAUUCUGUCAAACUAACUUGAUAUCUUGUUUUUUAUAAUGAGAUUACAAGUUUGGUUCAUAAUGGUACUAGUGUUGAUGCAAUAUACUUGGACAGACUCCUGUAAGGUGUUUGACUUGGUACCCCACAACAUUUUGAGAACUAGAACAGAAAAUUAACAUGGCACAUAGUUAGUUUUAAUCAAUUUAAUAACAGAUAGGUCUCACAGUGUAAUUGUAAAUGGGGAAUCAUGAUUGAGCAGGUGUUUCUAGUGGGUACCAUAGGGAUUGGUUCUUGGCCCUGUGCUAUUUAACAAUUUUCAGUGACCUAGGAGAAAACAAAAUCAUCACUGAUAAAGUUUGCAGAUGACCCAAAAAUGGUGUAAAUAAUGAAAAAGACAGGUCACUGAUACAGAUUGAUCAGGAUCACUUGGUAAACUGGGCACAAGCAAACAAUAUGCAUUUUAAUAUGGUUUAAAUGUUAUAUGCCUAAGAACAAAGAAUGUAGGCCAUAUUUGCAGGAUGGGGUCUCUAUCUUGGGAAGCAGUGAUUCUGAAAAAGAUUUGGGGAUCAGCUGUGGUCAAAAGGCCUAAUGUGCUCUUUGAAUGCACAAAAGAGGAAUCUCAAGUAGAUGUAGAGAGGUUAUUUUACUAUUUUUGGCACUGAUGCAAGCACUGCUGGAAUACUGUGUCCACAGUUCAGGAAGGAUGUUGAUAAAUUGGAGAGGGUUCAGAAAAGUCACAGGAAUGAAUAAAGGAUUGGGAAACAUGCCUUUUUAAUUAGACUCCAAGAGUUCAAUCUGUUUAGCUUAACCUUCACUUUGAGGGGUGACUUGAUCUAUAACUACCUACGUGGGGAAUAAAUAUUUGAUAAUUGGCUCUUCAAUCUAGCAGAGAAAAGUAUAACAUAGUCCAAAGGCUUGGAAGUUGAAGCUAGAUAAAUUCAGAGUGGAAACAAAGCAUACAUUUUUAAGUGAUGGUAAUUAACUGUUGGAACAAUUUACGAAGGGUUGUGGUAGAUUUUUCCAUCACUGAUCAUUUUAAAAUAAUGAUUGUAUUGUUUUCUAAAAUAUAUGCUCUAGGAAUUAUUUUGGGGAAGUGUGAUAGUUUGUAUUAUACAGGUCAAAGUAGAUGAUCAUAAUGGUCCCUUCAGGCCUUGGAAUCUACAGUUCUCCUCCUGCUGUCAGCUAUUGGUUUGCUUGUGUCUGGUCAUGGUCUACAUAAGCUAACUCCCUGCUAUAUAUAACAUAUUAUUCCAGUAGGAUUAGGAGUAAAUUGCGUAGACUGACUAAUGAAAACCUGUGCUUUAUCCUUCCUGCAGUGACAUUGUACUAAAUUUAUUAUUGUUCUGGGUCAUUUUCUAAUAUGUGGGAGGGGAAAAUUCAAGUCUGAGUUCUGUUAUAAACAGCAAUGCAAUAGAAUAGGUCAUAAAAAUGUAAAAUUAUUUUUAAUAAAUAUAAUUAAAACUUA